AUGCAUAAUUCACUAAAGAAGCUCGUUUACUGCAUGAUCUCAAUCACGGCAAUAUCAGUAGUACAAUUUAAAGCUGUUUGUCUCGAGCCACUCGCAGUUUUAAUGCUGGAGUAUGUUUAUUUUGACCUAAGCGUUUUCGGUAGCCUGCGUAGCAGGCGCAAAAAAUAGUGGGCACAAGAAAAAACGGGCGCGCGAGAAGAAGACACGAGUGCGUGCGUGUCUCCCUCGCGCGCGCCCGUUCUCUCUUUCGCCCGCUACUUCCAAGCGCCUGCUACGCAGGCUACGUUUUCGGAGGAAAGGGAAAAGUCAGUUCAUUGAAAGACUUUGUCAGUUGCCUUGACGCAGGGGAUUGUAAUGGGGUGGACACAAAUUUUAUGAACAGGAUCGCGUCGGAUAUUGGCAGUGGAUUACUGUACUUGCAUGAAAGAGGAAUCGCGCAGAGAGAUUUGAAAAUAGCGAACGUCCUCGUCAGCAAUCAUCAUUAA